AUGUAUUGUCAAAAAUGCAGAACUCCCUUGAAACUCGACUCUUCUCUGGAACAUCUUAAUCCCUCUUCUUUCAAAAUCUUAGUUGACUCGACCCCAACUUUACCAGUCCAAACUCCUCAACCACCCAACACUCUUGCUGCUCGUGAGAGAAGGGAUCUUUACGAGAAGGCCGCUCAAAAUGUCGGCCCUGCUCAGUACAACCGGUCCAUACCCGCGCCCUUGAAGACAUCGGCCAACUUCAAUCCUGCCAUGUCUUAUGUCAUGUUGAGUGAAUCUCAGCUCGGUCCUAUGUCACCAGAAGAACCUAGUCCAUCCAAGAAGACCCUCGAGAAAGACUCGAAUCCAUCAGAUAAACAUGAUGCCCCCAGUCUUUCAGCAGAGAUGGAGAAAAGCCUUCGCCUAUGGGAAAUCUUAUCUUCUCGUUCCGAUAUCGAUCACCCGAUAUGCUCGGAAUGUACCGAUAUGGUGCUUGCAGGUCUUCAGAAGAGACAGACGACCGCACACCGCGAGCGUCAAGCAUAUGCAGAGUUCCUCAAGAAAGCCAAGGAGGAUGUUCCCUCAGAAGAAGAGCAACGCCAAGCUCGUGAAUCUCUGACUGCUGCCAAACAACAGGAACAGAAAGCCCUCGAGGAGUUGGAAGCUCUCGAAGCAGAAAAGGCUGCCAUGGAAGAAGAGAUUGCCGCUCUCAACCGCGAAGAAGCCGAACUGGAAGAGGAGGAAGCCGCUUUCUGGCGAGAACGCAACGAGUUUGAUGACACCGUGACCAAGUUCAGAGAUCAGAACGACAGUCUCCUCAAUCAACUACAGUUUGACACGAAGUUACUCGAGACUUUGCAGCGGACGAAUGUCUACAACGACUCGUUCUGUAUUGAUCAUGACGGUCCUUUCGGUACUAUCAACGGAUUGAGAUUGGGCAAGCUUGCAGAUCAUUCUGUUGAGUGGCCAGAGAUCAAUGCUGCAUGGGGACUCUGUGUUCUAUUGUUGACCGUUGUUGCUGAGAAGCUGGGCUACACUUUCCACGGAUACAGACCUCUUCCGAUAGGUUCAACAUCCAAGAUCGAAAAGCUAGAAUAUCCAGCGAACGAUCAAUCACGGACUGGAAAGCCCAAAGUCACUACAUUAGAUCUAUUCUGCAACAGUGACCUUCCUCUCGGGUUGGGCUUCCUUCAUCGUGGAUUCGACAAUGCUAUGGUCGCCUUCCUGGAGUGUCUGCGACAGCUGGGUGAGCAUGUCGAACAGUCUCCCUCAUACGUGGGUGCAUCUGCCUUGAGUCGCAGACUUCCUUAUAAGAUCAGCAAGGACAAAAUCGGCGAUAACAGCAUCAAGCUUGGAACCUUCAAUCAGGAGGAAGCAUGGACGAGGGCGUGCAAGUACACUCUGACGUGCUGCAAGUUCUUACUCGCGCACGCAAGUCAUGUUGAUGAUCUGAAGCAGGACGGUCAAGCUGCUCGGUAG